UUUACUCUGAAAUAUAUUGCAAUAAACCACUAUAUUGUAUGUUUUAUCAGUAAGUGUUGUUUAGAUCAGUGUUUUAAAGCGCCGUCUUGACUAAAUCGGUAAAUUAGUGCAUUUGUGGAUGCGUUAUUAGCAGGAGCGUUAUUAAUGCAGACAUGUCCCAGAACGAUGCGAUGCAUAAGGAUGACCUUGAGAAAUCAGGGGAAGCGUUGAUCGAGUUCAUCGAGAGCAGCAAGGCAGAGAGCAUUCUUCGAGGAGCGCGAGAGAAGCUGCAGGAGUUCUUUGACCACCACGUCCUGACCAAGAAGACCACAACCGAGCUCUUAAAUGAUCUUGUACAUGCGGAGGAAGUGGUCGGCCAGAAGCUUCUGGAUUUAGAGCAGCUUAAGAGCCAAAUGGCACAGGAGGUCGAGAGGAUGGAGCAGGAAGUACAGCGGAGCCUCUCCAAAAGCCAAAUCCUGGACUCGGAGCAGGAAUUCUUGCUGAAAGAGCUGGAAAGACUCCGAGAUACUGAGCAAGAAAUUCAAACUCUGCAACAGGAAGUGGAUGAGGACACGACCGAGGUCAUUCCUUCAGCCAUAUACAUCGCUCAGCUCUACUAUAAAGUAACCAAGAUAAAGUUGGAGGUGGACACAGAGCCACACAUACUGAGAGGAGUUCACUACGGCAUGGAUGUGGCAACCCCCAUUAACAUAGACACAUCCACCCGCUCAGCCUGUGAGAUCAGCGAUGACCUGUGGAGCCUGGUUACUACUGAAUGGUAGACCAGGUGCACAUGAACAGUGUUAGCUAAAUUACUGUUUGUUUUUAUGUGUAUGUGUCUUUAUAAUUAUUCUGUUUUGUAAUUCUGUUAAUAAAUUUGCCUCAGUUGUC